CUGGAUGUGUAUUGCGGCGCGACGGGGGCGGUGGGGGCUGGGGCGCUGGAGGUGCGCCGGGCCUGCGCGGAGAGCUUCACCGCCGUGGCGGAGCAGGCUGGUCACGAGCACUGGCCCCAGCUUCAGCCCGUUUGGGUCCGGCUGCUAGCCAGCAACGACGGCCCCUCCCUCUCCAGCCUGGUGGCCACGGCGGAGAAGCUCAUACGACUGCGAGCAGCGGCCGCCCCCGACAACACAAGCGGCAGCAGCUUGCCUGAGCUGCACCGCGCAGCAGAGCAGGUGGUUUCGGGGCCGUUCCUAGAUCAGGUGCUCCGGAACCGGCUGCAUAUGGUCGCUUCCGCCGCCGCAGCCGCACUACCCGGGCUGCUGGCGGUGUGUCCGCCGGCGAUACAGCGGGAGCUCUUGCAGCUGUUGCCGCAGCUGUGCGCCGCUCCGGAUGGACCCACGGGUCGCUGCGGCGAGUGGCGCACCCGCCUCAGCCUCGCUUCUCAGCUGCAUGCGGCCUUGCGGGCGGUGAUGGCGGCGGAGACGGGCCCGGAUGCAGCGGCAGCGGUGGCUCGGUGCGCUGUCACGCUAUGCGGUGACCCUGUGUGGGCUGUACGGCAAGCGGCGGCGGCGCAAGUGGGCGUUAUCUUGGCGGAGGCCGUGUCGGCAGCUCCGACGGCGUCAUCGGCGGCUAGUGAAGAGGCUUCACCGGUGGCGGACGCAGGUAAGGCGGCGACUGCAGCGGAGGCGGACACUGCGUCGUCUGGCCUGCCUGCAGCCGGCACUAACGCUGGGCGGCAGGAUGAAGGGGCUCCAGGCGCGUCUCCCUCGGGGAGAGGCAGCGGCGACGCUGGGUUUGGCACACCUGGCGCCGUCGCAACCACCUGUGCACCGCCCCCCUCAGUUGCUGACGCUGCGGAUUCCGAGGCCUCGACGUCGGUGCCGGCGGCGCCGGCGCAGGAAGCAGCAGCGGAGGCGGCUGACGCUGGAGGCCUGACGGAGGCUCACCGGGCCUGGCUAGCGCGUGUAGCAGAGGCCGCUGCGGCACGUGAGAGUGGCGAGGCGGGGGCUGAGGCGUUGGGUGUACUAGCCGCAUGGCUUGCGGAGGCGGCCCAGUCGGGCGGCAAGGCGGGGUUGGCGAUAGCGUCAUGCUGCUGCGUAGCGGCACUGGGGAGAUGAGAUGUACCGGUAGGUGCUUGAUGUACCGGUAGAUGUAGGUGCUUGAGAUGUAGUCUGGCGCUUGAGAGGCAUGCGUGACUGAUGGUAGGCGGUGCAUGCUGUGGAUCGCCUCCGAACGUAAUUGGCCGGGGCUUAAGAGUUCCGGGCGGUAGUCUGGUGUGUUCGCAGAUUUUGUUUUCCUUCCAAUCAGGCUGUUUGGGACAGCCAGAAGAGCUAGCCCGCUGCAACACGCUGGGGCAGGCAAAUACUUUGUGGUGUAUGAGUACAUCGGAUGCUAUUCUUCAGGUGCCAUUGCUUGUUACCCGUACUUGCCCCAAAGGGAGUACUGUAAGAAA